GAAAUGAAUGAACCUUCUUUACUUGCAUGUGAUCUAUGGUUGGCACUAUGCACUAUAGUAUAAGAAAGUUAUCAACAGAACCGUUUCCGUUUCCGCUCUUAGAUUCGGAAAAGUGGACAUAAGUAAUUUCCAUGUGUACAAGAUGGUAACUACUCGUAAAAUUAUUAAAAAACGUAUAGAAUUAUCGAAAGUUAAAAGUGCACAGAACACGAAAGGUAACAGCCACAUAAAGAAUAAGAAAUCACGAAAUGGGAAAAAUCCAAAAAUGAUCAGUGAUAGAACAUUGAAACGUACAUUAAGAUCUUCUAAAAAAAAUAAUGUGCAAAAUAAGACAAAAAUUAGUUCAUAUACAAAAGCAAUUUCUGAGAUUGCAGAAUCGCGGAAGCGAAAAAGAGAAGAUAGGGUUAGUGACGAAGGAAAUACAGAUUGCUUACAUUUGAGUGAUUUGUCAAAAGAACAUAUAUCACAAUGCAUUAGCGUAAUCAACCAUUUGACUGAAGAACAAUUGAAGAAUAACAAUGCAUUGUUUGAUGACGAAAGCCAAUCAAUAUUUAUGCAAAUAACAUGUAUUAGAGUACCUAAAACUCCAAGAAGGUGUAUUAGAAUAUUAUUACCAUAUUCAAUAGUGUCAUCAAAUGACGAAAUUGCACUUUUUGUUGGUGAUCUUGAAAGAGGUAGAAGAAAGGAUUAUGAACCAACGAUAGAAUAUUAUGAAAACUUGUUACGUAAACACAAUUGUACAAGAAUAAAGGCUAUAAUACCAAUGAAUCAAGUAAAAACUGAAUAUGAUCAGUAUGAAUUAAAAAGGAAGCUUGUUGGUAGCUAUGAUCAUUUUCUUGUAGAUGGAAAAAUAGCUGGUCAUUUAUCUCAUUUAUUGGGAAGAGAAUUUUAUAAGAAAAGGAAACUGCCAACAUCCAUCCGAAUGCAUAGCAAAGAUUUAAAACACGAAAUAGAUUAUGCUUUGAGGAAAACUGUUAUGCAGAUACAUUCUUAUGGCGAUACUCAUAUAAUUCAAAUUGGACACACCUCUAUGAAAAAAGAAGAAAUUAUAGAAAAUAUAUUAGCAACGUGCAGUUAUUUAUCUAAAAACUACCCAGGGGGCUGGGCUAAUAUUCGUUCUAUUCGUAUUAAAACAUCUUCUAGCCUUGGCCUCCCUAUAUAUACAACAUUGAAAAACAAAUGCUUGGUUAGAGUGCCAAUAGUGCAGCCUAAGAGACCAAAAGCAUAUCGUAAUGUAUCAGGAGAACUUAGUACUGCACCUGGUAUUGUUAGUGUAACUGUUACUCCUGAAGGAGACAUUAUUACUGUUAAAGAGGAAAGAAAGGUUCUUUCUCCAAAGAGAAAUUAACAAAACAAAUAAAAAAGUGUAAUUAUUUUUUAUUACUUUAUUAAAUCUAGUAAACAAGGUUAAAAAAUUA